UAUAUAAAUAAAUUAUAAGAUCACGUGAUGUGUUUUGCUCAGGGUUAGUUAUGCGUUUGACAUAUAUAUUGAAUAGUUUAUAUCAGUAUCAAAUAGAGUUAUUUUUCGACCUGUAGAUCUACUCCAGCUCUUGAUGACGAAAGGGGUAAAUGUUAUUGUGAGUAAUUAAGAAUAGUGGUGAUGAUUUCAUUAACUAUUAUUAGUAUCGGCGAGUGUUAUUUAUCGAUUUUUGUUUCUCCGAUGAAAGGUUCCGAAAAUAGGACGGUCUCGUAAAUAAGCCUUACUUGCCUUACAGGAUAAAUGACUUCGAAUGCUUCGAAAAUAAGCCUGAGAUUCUUUACCAGGAAGGAAAAAUUAAGCCGUGGCUAUUCUCGAGAUUUUAGGGUAUAAGGACACACUUCGGUCUCAUAUAUAUACGAAAUUUACCAAAACCGGAUAACAUCCUAGAUAAGGCGGCCUGCCGUCUAACACACGGCAACCAGAAAAAAAGUCACAGACAAAUGUCUCUUAUCGGAAUGAGGACGACUGACAAUGCCGGCCCCGAGAACCACGAGGAAGAGGAGGGAGAGAAAGAGGAGGAAGAGGAAGAGGAGGGAGAUUACAGCCAUCUUCCGAUUGAUCAUGGAUGGGCGUUCGUCAUCGUAUUCGGUUGUUUCGGCGUAUGUGCACUGGUGGUUGGGACUUUGAAAUCCUUUGGAGUGAUUCUUGUGGAACUAUCCCGUCGGUUCAAUGUACCGUCUAGUGUUCUAAUUGGACCACAGUGUCUCGCUGGAUUCUUCCAUCUGUGUCUAGGUCCAGUGGCGAACGCCCUCAGUGAGCGGUACUCGCACAGACUAGUGGUGUUCGUGGGCGGAUUGCUGGCUACCAUCGGUCUAGUUAGUACAUCAUUUGUCCAGUCAGUACCCGCAUUUUACGUUACAUACGGAGUCAUGUCUGGCGUCGGUUUGGGUUUGUGUUUGUCGCCGUCCCUGACUUUUCAAGGGUUUCAUUUUCGGAAGCGACGCGCGCUCGCUAAUGGACUUUCUGUUUCCGGUUCAGGAGCUGGAUCAUUUGCUCUACCCCCCAUCAUCAGAUUUCUCAUAAACUAUUAUGGUCUUGGUGGCUGCCUUCUGCUUCUUGGAGCUUUCAUGUUUCACACUUGUGUUUUUUGUUCUUUCUUCCGACCACCGUCUUACUGGAUGUUAUUUAACAGAGCAGGCGGUAAAACUGAUGAUAUGACCAGGCAUGAAAAACAUAUCCAGGUUGAUAAGGAUAAAAUACGACCGUUAUUAGAAAAUGAUUCAGACUUUCAUAUUAUCGAUAGUAAAAGUAAAGCUUUAGUAAGAUGUAGCAGUGAUCCAGAUGAAAAAUGUGGAGAAAAUCAACGUGAUUCCUUGUAUAGUCAGGUUUCUCUACACCCCGAUCAUUUCUUUCGCAAACAUCUUUUCGAAUUGAAAUUAAAGGAAGGUAGCCAACAUCUAUCCACAUCCUCAUUACCGUGCAUGGAAGUUAAACAAACCAGAUCAGACACAAGAUCGAGAUCAGCAUCAGUGACACAGAGGAACCAAAGAGUAACGUCUAAAGAACAAAAACAGUCUCUAUUGUUUAUGAGUUUGGAAUCACUUCCUUCGCGCCAUGACUCUGCAUUGUUACACACCAACAAACAUUCUUGUAACAGACAUACGACUGUCACCCUAUCGGAGGAAGGCCACAAUGCAAAUAAGAAGCCAAUGCUGGACUGGAGUUUACUGAAGAAUCCAACUUACAUUGUUUUUGUAUUUGUUUUAUUUACAGGAGUUAUGGGUCAACAUUCACUGUAUAAUAUUUUACCCUCUGUGGCAAAUGAGAGGGGAAUCAGCGACGAACAAGGGGCCAUAGUGGUGUCCGUUUUAGGCGCAACAGAUCUUAUCGGCCGAGUAUUGUUCGGUUGGCUGGCCGAUUUCGGCUUCGUCAAACGUCAAACAAUGUACCAGAUAAACCUCACAGUAUUUGCUCUGAUUGGGUUCAUUGUGCCUCACGUGACUUCAUUCAUUGGAUUGUGUGUGGUUGUCAUGUUCCUUGGAAUUUUCACUGGAGGAUAUACAGGAAUUCAGCUAGCAGUGCUUUCUGAUAAAUUUGGGCCCGAAAAGCUGUCUAGUUCUUGGGGUUUCGCCGCAUUCUUCGUCUCACUAGCUCUUUUGAUUAAUCCUGUGUUGUCUGGUAUAAUUCGUGACGUCACGGGAUCCUGGAUUGGUGCGGUUACCCUUGGGGCGAGCGUGGCCACGUUUGGGUCAGGUAUACUUGUGGUUGAAAAUUUAGUAAUCAGGAUGAGGCGAUGAUCACGUGGUUAUAUUGAAUAAAUUAGUUGUUGUGUUCGUUUACAUACGACGCUGUUAA